AUGUCUGAUCCGUUUAGACCUAAUCCUUUUACGGUGUUGCAAUCACCAGUGAAAAAACCAGAGGAGGCAUACACACCCACAGGCUCUCCAAUUAGAAACUCACCAGUUAGAAACUCGCCAUCCAAGACAGCAAUUAAAUACUCGCCUGCAGUGUCUUUCAGAAGAGGUGAUGAUAAUCAUGAAUUUAUCAAUAGUUCCAUUGGUCGUAACUUCAUCCAAAGAGCUACUGAAUCACCCUUUAAGCCCACAGCAAGGAAACUAUUCACAGAACAUGAAUCUCCAAAGAAAGGUGGUGCAUUGGCAAGAAACCUUGACCCGUUCAGUGAUGUAGACGAAGAAAAUGAUGAGAAUGACAUUAUUAGCCAUUAUUCAAUAUUCAAUACAGACAAAACCCACGAAUUCAAAAGGUCAACUAAUUCUAAUAGGACAGAACUGGAGUCGCCAAAACCGGUAUUUUCUGCAAGUACAUUUGCAGCAGCUGGUGGUGAUGUUAAUUCGCUACAGUCAUCAUUAGGCGAAAUUCCUAUGCUAACGCCUAAAUCAUCGAGGUUAGGCUACAUUCCGCCACAGCAAGACUUGGGUGUUAGAGUUACAUCUGCAAGUUCUGAUUCGACCGCUGCGUCGUCUUUUGGUGCCGAAUUAAAUGAGAAGAAAACUAACCACUCGUCAUAUUUCUCCUCUGAUCAAUCGACAAUCAAUGCCCCAAUUGACAAUACCGAAGAGUUUGGUUCCAGCCAGCUCACACACAGUUCUAAUUCAACCGACUACUUUGACAAGAAUUUGAUGGAUGGUGCACCAAGAAUUCAAGUAAGAAGAAAUAAUUUCCACAAGCAACAAACAGUUUUCAGGUCAAGAACUGGUAACCUUGUUCUAGAUACCCCAAUUCCAAGAUUACUACAUGAUUUACUACCAAGAAAAGGUGAUGACGAGUACGAUUUUAUGAAAUACUCAGCUGUCACCUCUGAUCCUGAUGACUUUGUUGAAGAUGGCUUUAAUUUAAGGCAAAUUGAAUUAGAAAGAGAGACGGAAAUUGUCAUUUGUAUCACAAUGUAUAACGAAGAUGAGGUUGCCUUAACAAGAACUCUACAUGCAGUUAUGAAAAAUAUUGAAUAUUUGAAUAAAAGAACAAGAUCUCACACCUGGGGUCCAGAUUCAUGGAAAAAAGUUGUUGUGUGUAUCAUUGCAGAUGGUAGAAAUAAAGUGAGUCAAGGUGUUUUGGAAGUUUUAAGUGUUAUGGGUGUUUAUCAAGAUGGAAUUGCUAAGUCUUUUGUUAAUCAAAAGGAAGUCAAAGCGCAUAUCUUUGAAUACACAACACAAGUUUCCGUUGAUGAAAAUUUGAAAAUAAAUGGUGGUAAGAUUACACCGGCCCAAGUUGUAUUCUGCCUAAAGGAGAAAAACGCAAAGAAAAUCAACUCACAUAGAUGGCUGUUUAACGCAAUCUGCCCGACUUUGGACCCAAAUGUUACAGUCCUGCUUGAUGUCGGUACUGUUCCAAAUGAAAGUGCUGUUUACAACCUAUGGAAAGCAUUUGACUUAGAUUCUAAUGUUGCCGGUGCAGCUGGUCAAAUUGUUGCAAUGAAAGGUAAAUAUUGGUCAAAAUUAGUAAAUCCGCUAGUGUCUUCCCAGAACUUUGAAUAUAAAAUGUCCAACAUCCUAGACAAACCCUGCGAAUCUGCAUUUGGUUACAUUUCUGUCUUACCUGGCGCACUGUCUGCAUAUAGAUAUUCCGCUCUUAAAAACCACCCAGAUGGAACUGGUCCAUUGCAAGCUUAUUUUCACGGUGAAACACAAGAUACAGCAGAAAAUGCCGAUAUUUUCUCUGCCAAUAUGUACUUGGCAGAAGACAGAGUUUUAGCCUGGGAGCUGGUUGCUAAGAAAAACGCACAAUGGGUUUUAAAAUAUUGUAAAGAUGCAAAAGGUGAAACUGAUGUCCCCGAAACUUUAUCGGAGUUUGUUUUGCAAAGAAGACGUUGGUUGAAUGGUGCAUUCUUUGCUGCUUUAUAUUCACUGAAGCAAAGCGGUGCGAUUUUUAGCACUGACCAUUCUUCUUUAAGAAAGUUUUUCUUUAUGGUUGAAUUCAUAUAUCAAGGUCUAACUUUACUAUUCAGUUUUUUCUCCAUAGCAAACUUUUACAUCACAUUCUAUUAUUUGGCUGGUUCUUUGAUUGUUAUUGGAGGUACUGGAGGCAAGGUUGUUUUUGAAAUCAUGAAUUAUAUUUGCAUUUGCACAUUACUAGCAAUGUUAGUGAUUUCAAUGGGCAACAAACCAACAGGAGCACCUAUGCUAUUUUGGGUUUGUGUUAUUCUAUUAACUUUGUGUGGAAUGUAUGCAUUGAUAUCAGGUUUUUACUUUUUGAGCUUAAUGAUUCAAUCACACAAUGCUGGAAAUGCAGGUGGCUUAAGUUUUGCAUCAAUCUGCGUGUCACUAGCAUCGACAUAUGGUUUGUACGUUUUAAUGUCCUUAUUGUAUUUGGAUCCAUGGCAUAUUAUUUCUUCUUCAUUACAAUACUUUCUGAUGUUACCAGCUUACACUUGUCUUCUGCAAAUUUAUGCAUUCUGUAAUACACACGAUGUCUCAUGGGGUACAAAAGGAAGCGUGGAAGCAGUGCAGGAUUUAGGUAAAGCUAUUAUUCAAACUGAUGAAAAAGGACAGCAAAUUAUCACAACAGAAGUUUUGGCCCAGCAAGACAUCGAUUCCAUGUACAGUGAAACUGUUUUGAAACUAAAAGACAGAAGAAAGAAGCCAGUUAAUAUGAGAGGUAAGAACAGUAAAAGUGGUGGCAAAAAGAAAAACGUCAUUGGCAAGGAGGAUUAUUAUAGAGAUGUCAGAUCUAGAGUUGUCUUGGUUUGGGUGAUCUCCAAUGUAAUCUUGGUUAUGACUAUUACCCAAAUCUGGGCAGCAGACUCCAUCAGAUCCAAUAAAUAUUUGGCGUUUAUCCUUUGGUCUGUCUUUGGAUUUAGUGUAUUUAGAUUUUUGGGCUCAUCUUCAUAUCUCAUUCAUUUGCUCUUAAGAAAGAUAAUUGUGUCCAAAAACAAAUGGGAUUUAAGGAAAGAAGAGGUGCCUCAUAUGAACGAGCUUCCCAACAUCUAG